AUGGUGGCUUCAAGAGUGCUUGCCAUUGUAUUGGCAGCAUCGAGCGUCUUUGUUGCUGAGGCUGGAAAAUGUAAACCACAUUCUCACCCUAAGUAUACAUCACUUUUGUCGUGGAUCUCAGGUACCUCAACGGUGAUCGGUCCAAAAGCUGGAACCGCGCAAAGUCUGGACGCCUCAUAUUCAACAGACCAUUCAAGUUCUACCGGUGCUGGCGAACUUGUCCCAACAGCGUUGAGUGGUUCUUCAGCUAUAACUUGGCCGCAAACCACAACCUUGAGUGCCAGCUUUUCAGACUAUACAGCCUCUGUCAACCCUCCAGCUAUCUCUGAUUCUGAGUUCGAUUCUGAGACAUCGACAUUGACAUCGCCAAAUAGCUUUGGAUCGACUUUGGCUGCUGUAACGACAAGCGACGAUCUUACCACGACGAGGGCCACUACCACUACCACUGCCUCAACUGAUGAAUCGGAACCAAGCAACAACUCGACUCCAGACAACACCUCUAAUUCAGGCCUUCUUACUGAUUCGAUUGAUACUACUGAUACAGCAGCUUCAAUCAUCCCCGCUGCAUCCAACGAGUCGACUGCGACCGCCGAUGCAGCCACCACUGCUCACUCAACUUCAAUCGAGCCUAGAACAUCAACUGACACUACCGUAUCAUAUGCAACAACUGAGAUAGUCAGCUCAGGAGACAGAAAGGUCUCAACCGAUACUUCCACUAUUGAUAUCGCCACAUCCGACGGACCUACUACAACCAUUGAUGCCACGACUGUGACUAGUGGCGUGCCCACAAGCAUUGACACCACCACAACCCUGCUUACAUUGCUACCGUCAUCCGAAAGCACGUCGGUAACAGAAAGCCUAUGGACUUCAACAACUUCAUCAGCAUCAUGUCCCGUUGUCUCAGUUUCUAUCGAGGACCCAAGCUUUGAGGGAGACAAUACAGGCGAGAACAGAUGGGACUAUAUGGGGCAGUUCGCCGGUAUCGCCGUACCAUUUCAACAAAAGAGCAGCACCUCUCAGGACGUACCGCGUGCUCAUAGUGGCGACCAGUUUGCACUUGUUAGCUCAGGACCGGGCUCUACCCUUGGAUCUGAUAUGUGGAGGCCCAUAUCCCUAGACUCGACGAAGAAGUACCAAGUCUGGUUCUCAUAUGCUCCUGUUUCUGACCCUGACCAAGACUGGGAUUUCUCCUUCAUCAUCGCCACUCAGAGAUAUGGCCAUGUCCAUAACGAGAAAGUCUUUGUUCCGAAAGGCGCCCCUUUUAAAUACGUCCAACGCACUUCGAUCUUUCAAGGAGCAAUGAACGACCACCUCUAUGCCUUUAUCAGACUUAACAGCCAGGCUGCCGUCCGUUAUGUAGCUAUUGACGACAUCUAUGUGGGUGAAUACAAACCAACCUGUGCUGUUCCAACAGAGACUACUAGUCUCUGCGGUAGUACUCAGGGAAAUUUCAACAACAAUGGCCCAAAUUACAGAUCCAUGCCGAUGUUCCAGGGGAGCGUCGAGAUGUGUGCCCGAGCAUGUUUGGAGGAUGAGAGCUGUGUGGUAUUUGGCUGGGUCGUUUCCCAAUAUUACAGGAACUGUUACCUUUCAUCGAUCCCCAAAGAGAGUAUGGGCAUUUCGGCUAAUGAUAGAGGAGCAAAGUUCUAUGAUCGAUCUUGCGGGCAAUGCUCUCAGCUCGAAUGCUUGCCUUAUUAG